GGAUACUCGAGGAGAUUACCUUUAUGUAAAGGCCCAAGUUGCAAAUGAAUUCGAGGAAAUUUUGUUCCGCCAAGUUCUGGAAUUCCCCGAAGCUUUCACACAUCUCAUCUUAUGGCAAUCUUGAUCUCGAGACACGCACCGCAUGAAUGGUUUUCUAAAGCUCACCCGCAGCCGUGAAAUCUGCAACUACGGCUGCCUCGAUAACUUCUUACUACACUGGGUUCUGUCUCAAAAUCACCUUCUCCUUUAUUAGACAUCACGAUUCGCAACGUCUACAUUCGACGCUUUGGCCACAAGUUGAAUGUAUUGGAGCAAGGGAGCGCCUUGAUGCUCUGUCGCUGGGCCGCGGGGAGGACGGCGAGCGCAAAGAUUCGAAUCACUUUCUCUUUUGAAUGAGGGAGAUUCCCCGGAGGCGAGGUCCAUGGGGGCCGAGGGCAUCAGGUUCUGAUCCAGACUGGAGCUCGACACAUCGACGAGGCGACGACUUCGGCUGAACAUUGUCUUCGAAAACGAUGCAGUCAGGACUGAUGUUGCCGAAUUUGUAUAAGCCCGGUGCGACCUUGGGCACGUUGCUGCCUGGCGGAGGGAAUAAAUUUCGGCCCGGCCUGGCAAUUUGCUCGGCGAGAAGACCGACCAAGGUGGAGAAGAAAGUGUGGGUGUGGACGCAGAAUAAGGAGGUGAUGACAGCUUCUGUUGAGCGCGGAUGGAACACUUUCGUCUUUACUCCGGAAACUGAAAUUCUUGCGGACUCUUGGCAGUCGUUGAGUAAAAUUCGGACUCUUUUCCUUCGAGACGAAGUAAUCAAAGACUCGGAAGGAAAUGCCGUUGCUCUCCUAGGCCAGGUUUCAUCUGGCCUUGGUCAGGACGAUGUGAAGGCACUGGUGGGACAGGCUGAGACUGUUGUUAUGUCUGCUGUAGACUGGCAGAUCAUAACGGCUGAGAACAUGGUUGCUGCAUUUCAAGAUACAAACACUACUCUAUUUGCCACUGCUGCAAAUGCCUUGGAAGCGAGGUUAUACUUCGAGGCUUUGGAGAGAGGGACUGAUGGAGUGGUACUUCAAACAGAAGAUCCUGCCGAGAUAUUCUCUCUGAAGGCCUACCUGGCGUCGAGGACAGAGGAGGAGAACAAGAUAGCCCUCCAAGUGGGUACAGUUGUUAAAGUUGAAGCAAGCGGCAUGGGAGAUCGAGUGUGUGUGGAUCUUUGUAACCUCAUGAGCCCUGGUGAAGGUCUUCUGGUGGGAUCGUUUGCCAGGGGCUUGUUCUUGGUGCACUCAGAGUGUUUGACGUCAGACUAUGUUGCUAGCCGCCCAUUUCGAGUGAAUGCGGGUCCUGUACACGCGUAUGUGGCAGUUCCGGGUGGCCGCACUUCGUAUCUUUCAGAGCUUCGCAGUGGUGCAGAUGUCCUAGCUGUAAGUUCUGAUGGGAAAACUCGUCCUGUUACUGUGGGGAGAGUGAAAAUUGAAUCCCGGCCACUUAUGCUUGUUGAAGUGGAGUUUGAAGGUUCAACCUGCAGUCUUCUCCUUCAAAAUGCAGAAACAGUUUGCCUUGUUUCUCCAUCUGCGUCAGACUUACCAGCUGGAGAAGGCAUAGCAGAGACAAGAGCUCUGCCUGUCACGAAAAUGAAGCCUGGAGACAAAGUCAUUGUCAGCUUACAAGCGGGUGCUCGGCACACAGAGGGGCGAUAUCCCGAAUGGAGUUGAUGUAAAGUUAGACAGGUGAGACAGCAGCCGCCAGGUCUUCUUGAUAAACGCAGCAAACCAAAUAGAUAUGGCUUCGGCAGAAUGACAAGGUAGAAGAGAAAAGACAGUUCGAGAUAAUUGAAUAAUCUACACUUCUGAUCAGAGGAGUGAUGGUCAUCAAGAAAUUCUGACUGAUGGAGUGCGAUAACAUUCGUCCUGGUUCAGCGUGCACUGGCCAAUGUCAGCAACGGUAAAGAGUUCUGACAAUAGGAUAAGGAGGAUCAUAUCACGAUUCACGUGACUCUUGGGGCGCAAAGGGGUGGAGAACGAAGCCCCGUUCGAGGAUUAUUAUAUUGAGCCCUUAGUCUCAUUAUCAUGUUUUACACCUUUUUCUGGUACAAGCUCAUGUUUCAAUAGGAAAAGUAUGUAUAUUUGGCUUCGAGAGUAAAUUUUCCAAUCAAGGCCUUUGAGUGUGAACAUAGCGGCUAUGGGGAGUACUUUCUUAUUGU